AUGGCACCCUGGUGGUAUACCGCCAGCAGUGCACUGCUGUUAUCAGUCACUGCUGCAGCCUGGCCGUAUUCGACCUACAAGUCGAUUGAUUUUCAGCCUCCCAAGCUCCUGAUCAACCAAACCGGGCCAACUGAUCCGGGAUUGAUUUUUCUCAGUACUAAUGGAGCUGUGCAACCUGCUGGUCAGGCAGCACUAAUUUACGACAAUGCGGGUAAUCUGGUCUAUGAAGGCCCGGAAGAGAUUACCUCCAAUUUCAUGGUCCAGAAGCUGAACGGUUCUGAUGUGAUCACUUUCUGGGCUGGCGACAUUAUGAGUAUCGGCUUCGGAUACGGCACUGUCCAUAUUUUCGACAGUACCUACCGAGAAAUCCAUACCGUCACUUUGACUGGAAAAUUCGUCACUCCAGACAACUCGACCAAGACCUCGUAUAUCGACCUGCAUGAAAGUAACAUCACCCCAAACAAUACGCUUCUGGUCACCGCGUAUAAUGUCACUCAACAUAACCUGACUUCGAUUGGUGGCUCAUCAUCGGAGUGGAUGCUGGAUAGUCUUUUCUACGAGAUAGAUAUUGCCACCAACGAAAUCGUCAACUCUUGGAGCGCACUUGAUCAUGAAGAUGAUAUUCCUUUGACCUCCUCUCACCAGAAGCUGGAUAGCACUGCUGGUACCCAAAAGAACCCAUACGAUGCCUAUCACAUCAACGCCAUCACCCCCACUAACAAUGGUCACCUGAUCUCUCUUCGUCAUAUGUGGUCUGGCUACUAUAUCGCCGAGAACGGUUCUGUGAUGUGGCAGGUUAGCGGCAAAAAUGGUGCUGACUUCACCCAAGUGGGCCACGCGAACUUCUCCUGGCAGCAUGACAUCCGUGUUUGGAACGAGACAGAUGAGGGUAUGGUUCUGAGCCUGUUCAACAAUGCUAAUAACCCGACCGACAGCGAAGGCCCCACAACUGGUGUUAGUCUGGUUAUUGAUCUCACCAAUAAGACUGUUACUGGCCUCCGCUCACUGGAUGACUCCAGUGACCCCAUUCACUCCAUUAGCCAGGGCAGCUAUCAGGUUCUCAAUGAGACAGAUGGACACGUCUUCAUGGGCUAUGGCUCUAUCUCCAAGGUCAAGGAAUACGACGGGGCUGGAAGUGUCGUAUUUAGUGGCGCAUUCGGUCCGGACAAUGAUGUUGCCUCUUACCGUGGCUACCGCUUCGAGUGGAGUGCUGUGCCCUUCUGGAAGCCUUCACUGAAUGUCACCCGUACCUCUUCCACUGGUGCUACUGUCUAUAUGAGCUGGAAUGGUGCAACCGAUUACGAUUCCUGGGCCGUCUACUCGGCUUCUUCCGAGAACUCGACCAACAACCAGCAGAUCAGCACUGCUAAGCGGAAGGGCUUUGAGACUACCGUUGAUGUGGCCAACCUGACAACCAACUACAUCCAGGUGGUCGCUCUUCAAGGCAGUAAUGUUCUCGGUACCUCGGAUAUUGUCUCCUUCUAG